AUGGCGUGCGAUGAGCCGGUGUUGGCGCUCAGGAGUUUCAACACGGUACUUCGGUUGGAGCCCACGCACGCAACACUACACGAGGACAUGAUUCGCGCAGAGAAGCUCGUUCACCAGUUGCACAUACGGGCCAAAGAACUGGAAGAACAACGGCUGGAACAGGAGGCGGAGCGCAUCCAGAGCGAGCUCAAGCGCAAGCGGGACCGGCGCAAGGCUGCGGCCGAGCGCUGGUACGCCGACCACCGGGAACGCGACGAGGCCGGCAAGCGCGGCGCCGUCAGCGCCGUCGUCGGCGACGAAGCUGAAGGAGACGAAGAGGUGGAGAACGAAGAAGAAGAUGAAGAAGAAGAAGAUGAUGAGCUGGAGGAGGGCUACAGCCGGGAGGAGUGGGCGCAACUGCGGCGGGUGCUGGCCACGCAGGGCGGCGACCUGCUGCACGACUUCCAGCGCGAGCUUGCGCGCAAGCGGCAGCAGGACCGCGAGGAGCGACUACGCGAGCGAGAGGAGGAAGUCGAAGAAGAAGAAGAAGAAGACGAUAACGACGACGAUGACAAGAAGAAGUGA